AUGACAACCCAAAUCUUCGGGCAGUUUAAAUUUGUGCCGCUUCACACAGCUUAUCACUUUAUAAAAUCUGUACAUGAUGAAGAGCAACUUCGUCAAAAAUUCGAAAAAACAAUUUGUUUUGAUGAGGUCAACCAGAAUGCGCACUGGGUUGAGCCAGAAGUUAAUGAAGUAGGAAGGGCAAGGACAGAGAUGACAGUGAAUAUGAUGGCUGCUUACCCUGAAAUAUCAAAAAUCACCUUUACAGGUACCAUUUAG